CUGUCAUGUGUGUUAAUGAGUACUUCUGGUGCACAUAACACACUGGUGUACUUUGACAUACUUGUACUAGAGUAAAGGGUCAGAGUUCCUCCUCAUGAUUAGGAAGCAGACAUCAGGAGGUGACGGAGGUAUUAUGGGAUGUCUGAGCUACAUGUGUGUCGUGGUGUCUCCUCAGUAAGCUGCGUCACGUGGUGGAGGAGAUGGUGACCACGGAGAGGGAGUACGUGCGCUCCCUGCAUUACAUCAUCCAUCACUACUUCCCUGAGAUGGACCGGGCCGACCUUCCUCAGGACCUCCGGGGGAAACGCUCCGUGGUGUUCGGGAACCUGGAGAAGCUUCUGGACUUCCACAGUCAGUUCUUCCUCAGGGAGCUGGAGGCCUGCUGGAAGCAUCCUCUGAGGGUUCCUCACUGCUUCAUCAGACAUAAGGAGCAGUUCGGUCUUUACGCUCUGUACAGCAAGAACAAACCAAAGUCUGACGCUCUGCUGGCCCACCACGGGAACUCCUUCUUCAGGAGGAAGCAGGUGGAGCUGGGCGAUAAGAUGGACCUGUCGUCGUACCUGUUGAAGCCGGUGCAGAGGAUGAGUAAAUACGCUCUCCUGCUCACUGACCUCAUCAAGGAGGUGGGCGUGGCCCAGGAGGCGGAGCUCGCCGCUCUGCAUGCCGCCACCAACAUGGUCAAGUUCCAGCUUCGCCACGGCAACGACCUGCUGGCAAUGGACGCCAUCCGAGACUGUGACGUGAACCUGAAGGAGCAGGGUCAGCUGAUCCGUCAGGACGAGUUCACUGUCUGGACCGGCAGGAGGAAAUGUCAGCGUCACAUCUUCCUGUUCGAGGAGCUCGUUCUCUUCAGUAAACCCAAGAAGAUGGAGGGAGGUCUGGACGUCUUCAUCUACAAACACUCCUUCAAGACAGCAGAUGUGGGUCUGACGGAGUCCGCGGGGGACAACGGGCUGCGGUUCGAGGUCUGGUUCAGGAGGAGGACGGCCAAGAACCAGACCUUCAUCCUUCAGGCCGCCACGUCAGAGGUGAAACACGCCUGGACCACCGGCAUCGCCAGGAUCCUGUGGACCCAGGCCACCAGGAACAAAGAGAUGCGUGUGAAGGAGAUGGUGUCGAUGGGAGUCGGUAACAAGCCGUUUCUGGACAUCCAGCCGAGCGACGCAGCGAUCAGCGACCGAGCCGUUCACUACAUCAUGAAGAGCAGAGAACACGUUGAUGCGUCCAUCGCCGUCUCUGUCUUCGAUCACUCCCACCCUUUUAAUGGAGGAGCGGUGACCUCUGACCCCGCAGCAUCAGGGCCCUCUUCAUCCAGCCUGCUGGGGCCGCUCAACCUGCACAUGUACAGUCAGAACAUCUCCUCCUCUUCUGCUGCUGAAGGCUCCUUCAUCACCUCCUGUAUCGAGGAGGACGAGCAGGAGACCAGCAGCCAGCCCUCCAUGACCACGGAGAGUUCAGGCUCCUCCUCUCGAUGUCUCUCCGGCUCCACCGGCUCAGACAGCGGCUGCGUCUCCUCCCACCUGCAGGAGGCGCUGCCUGAGGAGCAGAGCCCCCCCGACCAGCCUUCAUCCUCCUCCUCCUCCAACAAACAGCACCUCAACAGCCACUACAUUUCAGCUAAAGCAGUCCCAGUCAUCGGCCCUUCCACCAUCGUGUGAUCAGCUGAUGGACGGU